AGCUCCUUCCGCACGUGGGGGGAACUGGGGUGCCCAUAUCUUCCCACAGCCCCCCAAGAGCCGCAGUCGGCGCCAGGGACCGGAGCAUGGUGCUCACCUUCGCCCUCCACCUCCUGGGCAGCUCUGCUUUGCUCCUGGCCACUAUGGCUGGGGCUCAAGCUACCCGAUGCCCGUUCCCACACAUCCAACGUGGGAAGAGAGUACCCACUACUCGUCCUUUCUACAGGACUGGGGACACCGUAAGCUUCGUGUGCAACACAGGGUAUACCUUGCAGGGCUCCCACACAAGCACGUGCCAAGCCAACUUCACAUGGAGCCCACCUCUGCCAGUGUGCAUGAAGGAGGUGAUGUGCCCUCGGCCACCGAACAUUGCCAACGGGCUGCACAGUGGACAGACUUUGAACAAGUUUUCCCGGGGACUGACGAUAUACUAUGGCUGCAAGGAUGGCUACGAGCUGGUCGGGAACAUGUCCAUCUACUGCAUGGAGGCAGGGGUGUGGAGCCGGCCCCUGCCCCGCUGCGAAGCAAUCGGCUGUGAGAUACCUGAGGUGCAGAACGGGAAGAUCUAUGGGCUGCAGAGCACCUACAAAGCUGGGGAGACUCUUCACUUUGACUGCAUCUCUGGUUAUGCCACAGACGGCAGCUAUGAGACUCAGUGCCAGCCUGGGGGGACCUGGAAUCCACCGGUGCCCACCUGUGAGAAGGUCCGACCAUGCCCUCCACCUCUGGAAAUCACCAAUGGAAAUCACAGUGGCCAGGGCAAAUCAGUUUUUACUGCAGGAAUGCGUGUAACAUACACCUGCAACCCCAGCUACCACCUGGUUGGAAAUCCUGUUGUGUUUUGCAGAGCAUCAGGGAACUGGAGCCAGCCCAGCCCUCGCUGUGAAGAGGUGAUGUGCCCUCGGCCACCGAACAUUGCCAACGGGCUGCACAGAGAACAGACUUUGAACAAGUUUUCCCGGGGAGUAAUGGUUUACUAUGGCUGCAAGGAUGGCUACGAGCUGGUCGGGAACAUGUCCAUCUACUGCAUGGAGGCAGGGGUGUGGAGCCAGCCCCUGCCCCGCUGCGAAGCAAUCGGCUGUGAGAUACCUGAGGUGCAGAACGGGAAGAUCUAUGGGCUGCAGAGCACCUACAAAGCUGGGGAGACUCUUCACUUUGACUGCAUCUCUGGUUAUGCCACAGACGGCAGCUAUGAGACUCAGUGCCAGCCUGGGGGGACCUGGAAUCCACCGGUGCCCACCUGUGAGAAGGUCCGACCAUGCCCCAUGCCUCCAAGGCUCCACAAUGGAAAUCACAACGGCCAGGGCAAAGCUUUUUUUUCUGCAGGAAUGCAUGUAACAUACACCUGCGAUCCUGGCUACUACCUGGUUGGAAAUCCUGUUGUGUUUUGCAAAGCAUCAGGGAACUGGAGCCAGCCCAGCCCUCGCUGUGAAGUGACUGUCUGCAUAAAUCCAGAUGUACAGAACGGAAGGCAAAUUGGUGGUCAAGGACUUAUCUCUGCACCUGGGCAAAUGGUGACAUUUCAGUGUCAUGAUGGCUACAGCCUGCAAGGCAGUGCUGAAGUCUUCUGCCAGGAGGAUGGCAGCUGGGACCCUCCUGCUCCCAUCUGCAAUAGAAUGCACCAUUACCUGGAGUUCUCAAACAGGCCGAAACUUCCAGGUGGUUGUGGUGCUCCUACAAGGUUACACUUUGCUGAGCUAAAUGAGGAGCACAAAAAUGAGAUUGAUUUUUCUGUUGGGAAGACUGUGCAAUACACUUGCCGACCUGGAUAUGCUAAACACCCAGGAAUGUCACCUACUAUUACAUGCCUUGAGAGCGGAGUGUGGUCAGAAGCACUAGAGUUCUGUAAAAGAAAACAAUGCAAUCAUCCUGGUGAACCUGUGAAUGGGAAAAUUGUUUUCCUAACAGAUCUCCUGUUUGGGUCAACAGUGUUCUACAGCUGUGAAGAAGGGCACAGGUUAAUUGGACGAUCCAGCAGACAAUGUGGGAUUUUUGGUGGACGUGUUGAAUGGAGUGGUGACAUUCCCACUUGUCAGCGUAUCCCCUGUAAGCCACCUCCGGACAUUCCCAAUGGGAAGCACACAGGCAGGCUGCUGGAUGAAUUCCACUAUGGCACAUCUGUAACAUACACCUGCAACCCUGGGUACCCGCUGCACGGAGAGCCCUCCAUCUACUGCACCACCCAGGAUGGGAAAAACGGCGUGUGGAGUGGGCCCCCCCCGCAGUGCGGAGAGGCAAGAUGUCCCGUCCCGCAGGUCCGCAAUGGGCGAGUAGUGUCUCCUAGGACUACCUACACACACAAGGACACCGUUGCCUUUGAGUGUGAGCCAGGCUAUGUUCUACGAGGCCACAGAGUGGUACGAUGCCAACUAAAUAACACCUGGGAGCCACCUGUACCAGUCUGCGAGCAGGAUGGCUGCAAUGCACCUACCAGACUGAUGUUUGCUGAGCUGAAGAAGCCAUACAGCAACCAGACUGUCUUUCCCGUGGGGAGGACGGUGGAAUACGUGUGCCGGCCUGGGUACGCCCGGCACCCAGGGAUGCCGCCAGUCAUUACAUGCCUCAGGAAUCGGACGUGGUCUAUGGCACUGGAGUUCUGUAAAAGGAAACAAUGUGCUAACCCAGGGGAUCCGGAGAAUGGCAGAGCUGUUGUCCUGACAGACCUCCUCUUCGGGUCCAAAGUUAAUUACACUUGUAACAAAGGGUACAAGUUGGUUGGAGGUUCUCAGAGGACAUGCGAGGUAUCUGGUGCACAUGUCUCAUGGAGUGGUGAUGCUCCUGUCUGCCAAAGCAUCGUCUGCGAUCCUCCUCCGGACAUCCCCCACGGGAGACACAGUGGGCACCUGAUGGACACAUUCUCCUACGCGGACGUGGUCGUCUACACCUGCGACUCGGGCCACUUGCUGGCUGGGGAGUCCUCCAUCUUCUGCACCACGGCAGACGGGGAGCACGGCGUGUGGAGCGGGCCGCCGCCGCAGUGCGGAGAGGUGAGAUGUCCUCCCCCUCCAGGCAUCGCCAAUGGGAAGCACAGUGGCCAGCUCUCGGACACCCACCUCCCAGGCUCGACUGUGCAGUACAGCUGCAGGGACGGCUACUCCCUCGUUGGGAACGCUUCCAUUAGCUGCACAGCUGAGGGAAUGUGGAGCCGGCCCCAGCCCCGAUGUGAAGCAACCGGCUGCAAAAGACCAGAGAUCGAGAAUGGAAGAACGUCUGGGCUGGAGACCAUGUACAGGCUCGCAGACAUCGUUGUCUUCGAAUGUGAUUUUGGUUAUGCCUUGAAGGGCUCUCAAGAGUCUCAGUGCCAGUUUGGGGGCACAUGGGACCCUCCUGUCCCCAUCUGUGAAAAGAUGCUGCAGUGUCCUUCCCCUCCAAAUAUCAAAAAUGGCCAGCAUGACAGCAAGGAUGUGAAAGCGUUCAUUCCUGGAACAUCAGUGAAGUACUACUGUGACCCGGGGUAUGUCCUCACUGGGAAAACAACCGUUUCUUGUUUGACAUCUGGAACCUGGAGCAUCCCUUACCCCCGCUGUGAAGUGAUCACCUGCACAAGCCCCAGCAUGCAGGAUGGAGAAGUGGCUGGAGGAAAGAGAGCUGUGUACCAUCCUGGGGCCAGCAUCACCUUCCAGUGCCACCCGGGCUACAUGCUGCAGGGCAGCCAUGAAGCCAAGUGCCAGCCCGAUGGCCGUUGGGUGCCUGCUGUCCCCACCUGCAAGCCAGUGCUGCCUUGUCCUGCACCUCCCACCAUCGCCCAUGCCACACACAGCGCAGAGCUUGGGGCAAACUUCACCAGCGGCAUGUCCGUGAACUACAGCUGCCAGCCUGGCUUCUCCCUCUUCGGAGACCCCUCUGUCUGGUGCACGGCCUCGGGGAGCUGGAGCCGCCCGUACCCACGCUGCACAGCUGGCUGUGGGACACCAACAACGUUAUUGUUUGCUGAGUUAAACAAGGAACAUAAAAAUCAGACUGAGUUUCCUGUUGGGAAGACUGUGAAGUACACUUGUAGGCCUGGAUAUGUGAAACAUCCACAAAUAUCACCAACUAUUACGUGUCUUGAAAAUCAAACAUGGUCUGAAGCCCAGGAGUUUUGCAAGCGGAGAAAGUGUGAUCAUCCAGGAGAACCAGAGAACGGCAGAGUUAUCAUUACAACAGAUCUCUUCUUCGGAUCAACAGUGAAUUACACCUGCAAUGAAGGGCACAGGCUGGUGGGAGUGUCCCAGCGGCACUGUGUGAUUUCAAGCUCUGGGCCACGAGUGAGGUGGAGCGGCGAUGUUCCCAUCUGCCAGAGCAUCGUCUGCGAUCCUCCUCCGGACAUCCCCCACGGGAGACACAGUGGGCACCUGAUGGACACAUUCUCCUACGCGGACGUGGUCGUCUACACCUGCGACUCGGGCCACUUGCUGGCUGGGGAGUCCUCCAUCUUCUGCACCACGGCAGACGGGGAGCACGGCGUGUGGAGCGGGCCGCCGCCGCAGUGCGGAGUCUCGCAGUGCUCUCACCCUCCAGCCGUCACCAAUGGAAAGCACAGUGGCCAAGCCACAACAGUUUUCGUCAGCGGCAUGUCUGUGAGCUACACCUGUGAUCCUGGCUACGUUCUUGUUGGAGAGGCACAGCUUAACUGUACUUCUUCUGGAGCUUGGAGUGUCCCUGCCCCUCAGUGCGAAGGGCGGCUGUGUCCCUCCCCAUCACCAAUUGACCACGGCCAGCAUGAUGGCAAGGAUGUGAAAGUGUUCGUCCCUGGAAAGUCUGUAAAUUACAGCUGUGACCCUGGCUAUUCUCUUAUUGGCAAAACAGCUCUAUACUGUACGGUCAAUGGAACCUGGAGCAUCCCUUAUCCCCGGUGCGAAGUGCUGCAAUGCCCUUCACCUCCAAAUAUUGAAAAAGGAAAUCACAACAGCCAGGACAUGGAAGUUUUCACUACUGGAAUGGUUGUAAAUUACAGCUGUGACCCUGGCUACAGCCUCCUGGGAGAGGCAUCAAUUUACUGCACUGACUCGGGAAACUGGAGCCUCCCUCUUCCCCGGUGUGCAGGUGGCUGUGGUGCACCUCCAAACUUAACCUUUGCUGAGCUAACUGAGGAAUACAAAAAUCUGAUGGAGUUUCGUGUUGGGGACACUGUGCGAUACAGAUGCCAGCUGGGAUACAUGAGUCACCUUGGAGUACCCCCGACUCUGACUUGCCUCAAAAACCACACGUGGUCUGAAGCGCUAGAGUUCUGUAAAAGGAAGCAAUGUAAAUACCCAGAAACACCAAAGAAUGGCAGAGUUGUUGUUCUGACAGAUCUCCUUUUUGAGUCAACGGUGAGCUACACGUGUGAAGAAGGGCAUCGACUGGUUGGACAGUCUCACAGGCGAUGUGAGAUUUUUGGACCAGAUGUUGCAUGGAGUGGCGUUCUUCCCAUUUGUCAGAAGGUGGUAUGUCCAGUCCCAGAGAUCCAGAAUGGGAGAGUAUCUGCUCUUAAAAAUCACUACACAUACAAAGAUACUGUUAGCUUUAAGUGUCGUAAAGGCUUCACCUUGCGAGGCCGUCGCACGUCCCAGUGCCAAGCAGAUGAAACGUGGGAUCCACCCAUACCAGCCUGUGAGCAGGAUGGAGUGGCAGAGCACUAUCAUCAUCCCGAUACCAAACCAAAACCAGUAGUGAAGUGUCUGCCUCCUCCAAGCAUUCCUAACGGGGAACACAGCAGUCGUUUCUCAGACACUUUUGAUGUAGGAGCUCUUGUGCGCUACCGCUGCAAACACGGCUUCUCUCUCAUUGGGAAUAAGUCUGUUCGUUGCACAACAGACGGAGUCUGGAGCCAUCCGACUCCUCGCUGUGAAGUGCUGCGCUGUUCCAAGCCUACAGGUAUCGCCCAUGGGUCUUUCAGUGGCCCGGCAAAAGCGGUUUUCACUCCUGGAACAUCUGUAAGCUACAUCUGUGAGCCCGGCUUCUCUCUCAUUGGGACAGCAUCCAUUUCUUGCACACAAUCUGGAGCCUGGAGCCAUCCUCCUCCGGUCUGUCAAGUUGUGAAGUGUCUCCAUCCUCCAAACAUCACCAACGGGAAGCUCAAAGCCAACAUCUCAGACACUUUUUCCUACGGAGCAUCUGUAUCCUACAGCUGCAACCCUGGUUAUUCACUUGUUGGGAAUGCUUUCAUCAACUGCACAGUGUCAGGAGCCUGGAGCCAGCCUCCUCAGUGCAAAGAGAUGGGAUGUAUAUUCCCAGUAGUUCAAGGUGUAAAGAAAGCCACAAAAGGAAAUACUUAUCGCUCUGGGACUAACAUCACUCUUGAAUGUGAUGAUGGUUACACUUUGGAAGGCAUCGGUCAGAUUCAGUGCCAAGAGGACUUCAGCUGGGACCCUCCUGUACCCACCUGUAAACUGACAUCACGCAAGUCUGGUUCAGUAGGCCUAGGAGCUGCAGCUGCAGGAAUCCUGCUUGUUCUGGGGGCAGGCAUUGCCUGGAAAAUUAUUUCUAAGCAGAAGGAAGGCUAUUAUAAUACAUACGAAAACCACAGUUAUGAAAACCCUCUGAACCAGACGUAUUCAUGUCUUCCAUAGAAGGCUGGGCAUCUGCGCCACCACUAACCAGGCAUUAUACUCAUUCUCCACAUAUAGCUGCUGCAGGUUGCAUGGAAGCAUCGCUCAUGCUGAGACUGAAAUUCUGUGGAAAAGGCACUUUACAGUAAACUCAGCAUUAAUGCUCCUUCUGCUCCCACUGAUUGAUGCAAGGAUCUAACAAAGCUCAAACUGCACGGAGUAAAGAUGCUGCCUGAGGGACUUCUCUAUGCUGCUGCCAUCUGAGGAACAUUUCCUUUCUUUAUUUGCAAACCCUGUUAUAAGCAAGAUCCACAGAAGCAUUCCUAUGCAUUCAUGGAAGUCACAAUUUGUUAAACCAAAGACUGUCUUAACAGCAACUGUGUUCACUUCUGCCCUGCCACAUCAUGGGACGCUGCUGUGUUUUCUUCCAGGAAUGCUGAUUUGUGGUGUUCCUCUAUGGAUGCUUAACCUAAUAAAAGCUGAACGUGGGCCAGUAAUUGCCUUA